AUGACCCAAAAAGUGAACUUGGAAAAGCAACUUAUCGAAUUGCCCAACACUCGAAAGCCUGGUCAGACUGGUGUCUACCGUAGUGCUGCCUAUCCCGAGCUUAUUGAGUCGAGCUCGCCCAAGGUCAAGAAUAUGUAUGACCUUUUCCGCGAAGGUUUGAAGGCUGCCCGUGAUCGUCCUUGCUUGGGUCAUCGUCCUAUUGUCGACGUCAAGACCGGCAAGCGUGGUGACUAUGUCUGGCAAACUUACCGUCAGGUCAACCAUCGCAUCACUAACUUUGGUUCCGGCUUGAUGAACUUGCUCAAUCAUACGCUCAAUGACUCUCGCACCAAGAACAUUCCCAUUGGUAUCUGGGCUGUCAAUCGUCCUGAAUGGACCAUUUGCGACUUGGCUUGCGCUGCUUAUGGCUUGUAUAGCGUAACACUGUACGACACUCUCGGCCCCGACACGGUCGAAUACGUUAUGAACCACGCUGAACUUGAGACCGUUGUCUGCUCGGCUGAUCACAUUGCCGACCUCCUCAAGCUUCGUCACAAGUUGCCCAAGCUGCGUUGCAUCAUCUCCAUGGAUACUCUCGAGGACGAUGUUGCUCCUGGCACUGGUGCUGCUUCCAAGAGCGCUAUCAUUAAGGCUUGGGCUCAGGAGAAGGAUGUUGUUUUGACCGAUUUCGCUGCUAUUGAAGCUGCUGGCAAGAAGAACCGUCGUUCCCACAACUCUCCCAAGCCUGAGGACUUGGCUUUCAUCAUGUACACUAGCGGUACCACUGGCAUGCCCAAGGGUGCUAUGCUUACGCACGGCAACUUUGUCUCUGCCGUUUCUGCCAGUAACAUCAACAUUGGUGAAUACUAUGACGACGAUAUCAGCAUCUCGUAUCUCCCCCUUGCUCACAUCUUUGGUCGUUUGAUCGACAUUGUUGCGUUGAUGCGCGGUUCGCGUAUCGGUUUCUUCAGCGGUGAUGUUGCCCAGAUCGUCGACGAUAUGCAGACCUUGAAGCCUACCAUCUUUGCUUCCGUUCCUCGUCUUUUGAACCGAGUCUACUCGAGCGUUGUGCAAAAGACCAUCGAAGCCCCUGGCGCCAAGGGUGCUCUUGCCCGUCGCGCUGUCGCCACCAAGCUUGCCAACCUCGAUGCUGGUCUUGGUAACACCCAUGCCUUCUGGGAUCGUUUGAUUUUCAACAAGGUCAAGCAGGCUUUGGGCGGUCGUGUUCGUUUCGUUGUCAGCGGCUCAGCUCCUCUUGGAAAGGAUGUCAUGCAAUUCUUGCGUAUUGCUUUCUGCUGCGAUAUCCGUGAAGGUUACGGUGCCACUGAAACCUGCGCUGCUUCUUCGGUCCACAGCAAGGGUGAGUACAAGGCUGGUCACAUUGGUGCUCCCUUUGGCUGUAACGAAUUCAAGCUUGUUGACGUGCCAGAGAUGGAUUAUCUCUCCACGGACCCUUACCCCCGUGGUGAACUGUGCAUCCGUGGCCCCAACGUGUUCAUGGGCUAUUACAAGGAUGAGGAAAAGACGCGCGAAGCAUUGGAUGAGGAGGGCUGGUACCACUCUGGCGAUGUAGCAAUGGUGAACGAGCGCGGCUGUGUUGUCAUUAUUGAUCGCAAGAAGAAUAUCUUCAAGCUCGCUCAGGGCGAAUACAUUGCUCCUGAAAAGAUUGAAAACGUCUUCGCCAAGUCAUCCGUCAUUGCUCAGAUCUACGUCCAUGGUGACUCGCUCCAGAGCUCCUUGGUUGGUAUCAUUGUCCCUGAUCCAGAAGCCUUGAACUCCUUUGUCAGUGCCAAGUUGCCGCAAGUUGCCGCAAAGAAGUUGUCGUUUGAGGAUCUUGUUAAGGUCCCUGAGGUCAACAAGGCUAUAUUGGGCGAGUUGACCAAGGUUGGCAAGAAGGCUGAACUUCGUGGCUUUGAGCUUCUCAAGGCCAUCUACCUCGAAUCGUCUCCCUUCACCAUUGAAAAUGACAUCCUUACUCCUACCCUCAAAGUCAAGCGUCCUCAGGCCGCCAAACACUACCAGGCCCAAAUCGCUGAAUUGUACGCUCAAAUCAGUGCUCAGACCGAGCCUGCAAAGGCCAUGUUGUAA